AAAGGAGGUGUUUGUAUUUUUCUCAUAGUUUCUGAAUGAAAGAAUGUGUAGACUGUAGGAACAUUUCAGAAUCUUUAGCACACUUUUCUCUUUAAUCUGUGAUAUUCUAGAUCUCUAGGCGUCUCGUUACUCAAACAUUAUAAGAAAAACAAAAUGCAAAAAAAUCGUUACGGAAUUUCACUCCGGUAGCAGAGAUGGCUGGCCAGAGCGAGUUGUGUAUGAAUAUUGACCUUUUUCAUAUAUUCUAUUUUAAUAGCUGCAAAUCAUCAAACAAUCGAAGAGCCUGUUAAUGCUAGUUUAAAUAAAGCCUUAAAAAGUGUUUUUAGUGGUAAAAAUUUCGUUAAGGCGGAACUAAAUGAUUUUGAAACGCUAGAAUUAAGCAAUAAAUUGCAGUUAUUUCAUGGUUCAAAACAGCUGACGUUGAAAGAACUACAGUUAGAUGAAACAAGUACUAUAUCAAAAAAAUAUGGUGAAAUUAUUAUUCAUAACUAUCAUCAUCAACAAUCAAAUGUGGAUGUUCGAGAAGAAAAUGGAGAUACAAAAAUACAAAAUAUGGAUGGUGAUUUAAUUAUUCGUAAUGUUGAAAAUAAUAUAUUACUAUCAAAUGAUAAAAUAGGUAGUCAUUUAUCAAUGAACAUUGUUGGACAAGCAUUUAUUAGCGGACUACAAGGUGUACUAGUAGCCAGAAAUUUCAAAGGGAUUAUUGUUAUUAAGAAUGUAAUAAGUGGAUGA